AUGACCGAUUCUCCCUUAUGUUCGUGUGGAGCCGAACAAAUCAUGCAACACAUAAUUGAAGAGUGUCCUAAUAUUAAGUUCAACGGGGGUGUAACAAGACUGCACAAAGCCGAAGAGGAUGCAGUAACAUGGAUAUACGUUUGUGAAGACGCCUUUAUAUAA